AUGAAAGACACUUACAACCAUUGCGAGAGGUCUAAAGAAAUCACAAGUACAUUCGACAGUUCACAGGAUACAAACCUACUACCGUCAACAGAAGACUCGCGUGAGCAAAGCGACCUGGAAGACGAGUGUCAGUUGUUCCGGUCGUUGAUCAAAAGAAACAUAUUAAAACUGGGGAGCGUCGAGGGUAAGCAUUCCGGGAUAUCGACGAUGUUUAAUAAUCCAAUAAUUUAGAUUUUUAUCAAUACGACAAUGUAUUGACGUAUGCCGUAAUUCUAACUUGUCCAUAGAAAAAUGUGCGAUUUUCACAUGGUUGCGCAAUUUCGACUUGGAAAAUGACGAGGCGAAAAAAUGUAGGAUUAUUAAACUGAUCCUGAUUUCACUCCGAAAUACGGAAGCAAUCCGAAAUGGCGGCUCAAAGACGAAAACCGAUCGAACCGCCGUUCCAGAAACCGAAACGGAUAUUAGCGAAACACGCGAACAAAGUGCGUCUUAAAAUAGUGGCCAAUACCAGAGUGCGCGUAUAAUAAUAAUUACUAUAAGACAGUUCUUGACAUUUUUACAGACCCUGAGCCUUGUGGCGUGUCUACGAGUACGGAUUCAUCAAUAGCGAACGCCAAACGCUUACCGCAAGAUGAAGAAGACUCUAUAGAAGACCACUGCUGUGUCGAUACAAUUCCGAUAGAAUCUGAUCGGAACAUCAGCCACGAGGUCGUCGUACCGUACACCGACAAGUGUCGGGGACAAAGUACGUAUACCAUAAGUGUCUGAAAUUAAAGCACGGGUAAAAUCAUAAUUAUUAUUAUAGUCUCAGAACCUUGCAACGAGCCGGCGAAUAGUGAUUCGUCAGGGAAUCCGGAAGAACGGCUGAACGACGUUAAGGACCAUUUUGACCUUUGGUCCGAUGUCGUGCCCGGGAUUUCGCCGUGGUCGGUCGCCGACUUCUGUCAGUUGACCGGUUCGCAGCCGCAGCGUUUAUGGACCGCGCGACGGUCAGCGAACGGUUUGAUCAACGACGGCCUGCCACUGGCGUACUAUACGCGUCAUCGACCUAGUGGUCGCCUGGCCAAUAACCGAUGCUAUUACGCGCGGUUGAGUGCCGGUAACGACGAUCACAAUAGGAUUUGUCGUGUACCAACACGCGUCGCCGGCCGUCAGCCCGGCGUGGUGGACGGUCGCCGGGGGCCGGCCAUUUGGGAUAACCAACAAAGAUUGCCACCGCUCCGCGCGGCUUUCCGAAAUCAAAACCCAGCCGCCGAUGAGCGUCAGCAACAUCAGCGGAGACCUUCGAGAAUACCGAUAGCUACUCACCGACAGGCCUCGGAGCCCAGAAGAGUGGACAAUCCUGUUCAAUUAUACGAGGGCUCCAGAAUACCGGUAAUGAACCGAGCGGGUGCGGCUCCAGCACGCGUAAGCAGGCCUCGCCCGCCGACAGUGCAUGGGCGCGUACAUGCGAGACAGGAACAGCCGAACGUGCGUGCGAGCCAGGAGCAGCCGAACGUGCAGGCGAUACAGGAACAGCCGCACGUGCAGGAAAGACAGGAACAACCCCGUGCGUUGUCGCCCUCUAACGAUCCGCCGCGGGACCGGCACGGCUCGUACAACGACAUGCCCAGUGCGAAUGUAGGCCAGCAGUGUCCCCGGCGCAACACUAUAAACGUAAACGCCGCCGGCCCGUGCCAGCGACACAAUAUUUAUAACGCGCCCGACCAGAACGCUGCACAUCCACGUGAUGCCGCUCGCCGUGCAUCUUUCGACGCGCCAGCAAAUCAAAUGAACCCCCGCGGUCCGUACGGCGCCGCUCGCCGUGCCACUUACGACACACCUGGAGGUCAAAUGAAUCCGCGUGGCCCAUACGAUGCCGCUCGCCGUGCACCUUUUGACGAACCAGUAGCUCAACUCGAUCCCGACAACGUUCGUCGUGCACUUUUCGACGCGCAAGCAAAUCAAAUGAAUGCCGGCCGUCGCGCUACGCCUGACGCCGUACCGAAUCAACCGAAUCCCGGUAGUUUGCGCCGUGACACUUACGACGUGCCCGAUCCGAUGACAAGACAGAGAAAUAUGACCUAUGCUGCGGGAACUAGCCACGUAGGGGUCAACAGAGGUGGGAGCACGUUCACGGUGUCCGGAACCAUCAGCGUAAACACCAGCGGCAACGGCGUGAUGCCCAUGUUCUUUGCGGAAGACGAGUCCGCGCACAUGCACUCGCCGCAACAAUCGCCGCAACGCAUGGCGGAUCCGGACACGAGCGACGACGUGGUGGCCGAAGAUUUUCUGGAUAACUUCGAAAGAUUCAAUAACGUGCUGGCGCCGCGGGCGAUCGCCCUGCCCGGUAGUCCGUACGUCCACGUCGACGCGAACGCGCCUCGCGGGAACACGCCCGAAGGUUGGAUCAAUAAUGAUAUGAGCUCGAUAGGCUCGGAACCGCGGUCAAUGGACAUCACCCCCGCGCGCUACGGCUUUUACCAGGAUGGUAAUGGCAUGGACGACGAUAGCUGGUCGAUGGACCAAGACCGAGAAAAUGUCCCGUUCGGGCUGGAUGAUUCGUAUGAAAUGCCGCAGGCGAAUCACGCGCAACCCGCGAUCCGCCGAUCGAGAGGCGUUUCGCUGGACCGUGACCGCGGUCCAUGCGGACGACGACGCGACACGUUCGAUCGACGCACUCAUUAA